AUGAUUCAGAAAACCGUUAAAAGCAACGACCUUGUUUCCCUCUCACAAAAAUGCAAAACCCUAAACCAACUCAAGCAAAUCUACGCCCACCUCCUCACAUGUCGUCUGCCAGAAAACCCCUACGCAAUUGCACCGCUCCUCUGGGCCUCCGCAACCUCGAAAGAUGCUUCCUUGUUUUGCUACGCUUGCUCAAUCUUCAAGCAUCAUCAUCACCGCAACACCUUCAUGUACAACACCAUGAUCAGAGGAUAUGUUCUUCAAUCGCAUAAGCCAAUUCCCGCCAUUUUGUGUUAUUUAGACAUGCUGAAUUAUGGGUUUGUUCCUAAUAACUAUACUUUUCCGCCAUUGAUCAAAGCGUGUACAAUUCUCAUCCAGAAUUCUAAGCUAAGUGGUCGCUUAGUUCAUGCCCAUGUUGUUAAAUUCGGGUACCGGGACGACCCUUUUGUUCUUAGCUCGCUGAUCGAGUUUUACUCUGUUAUCCACGACAUGGAAACUGCAAAGUUGGUGUUCGAUAAAAGUCCAAAGAGGGAUGUGGUGGUGUGGACGGCAAUGAUUGACGGGUAUGGAAAGGCGGGGGACGUUGAAAAUGCGAGAGCUUUGUUUGAUGAAAUGCCUGAGAGGAAUGCUAUAUCGUGGAGUGCAAUGAUGGCUGCGUAUUCUCGGGUGAACCACUUCAGAGAGGUGCUUUCUUUAUUUAGGCAAAUGCAAGAAGUAGGCACAAAGCCUAAUGAGUCAGUUCUUGUUAGUGUUCUCACUGCCUCUGCUCAUCUUGGUGCGGUCACGCAAGGCUUGUGGGUCCACUCAUAUGCUAAAAGGUACAAUCUUGAAUCAAAUACGAUAUUGGCCACUGCACUGGUUGAUAUGUACUCAAAAUGCGGAUAUGUGGAAGCAGCUUUGUGGGUUUUUGAGGGCAUUUCUAAUAAGGAUGCUAGAGCGUGGAAUGCUAUGAUUGCUGGGGUUGCAAUGAAUGGUGAUGCAAGGAAAUCACUUGAACUCUUUAAUAAAAUGGUUGAAUAUGGUGGCGUUCAACCCACAGAGACCACAUUUGUUGCUGUUCUCACGGCUUGUACGCAUGCAAAAAUGGUUGACGAGGGCCUUGAGUUGUUUGAUCAAAUGGGUAACCUUUACGGGGUUAAACCUGGGCUUGAGCACUACGGAUGUGUUGUUGACCUUUUGGCAAGGGCAGGCUUGGUGGAGGAAGCUGAGAAGUUUACAGAGGUCAAGAUGGGAGGACUACGAAGAGGGGAUGUCAAUGUGUGGGGAGCAUUACUAGCUGCAUGCAGAGUUCAUGGGAAUGUUGAAGUUGGGGACAGAAUUUGGAAAAAGCUCGCUGAGAUGGGAGUAGCUGACUGUGGCAUUCAUGUUCUUUCAUAUAAUAUGUACAAGGCUGCUGGCAUGGAAUUGGAGGCCAACAGAGUCAGAAAUAUGAUAUCGGAAGCGGGAAUGAAGAAGAAACCUGGUUCCAGUGUGAUAGAGUUAAAUGGAGUGGCUGAAGAAUUCCUUAUUGGUGAUAUUUGUCAUCCACAAGCAGAAGAAAUAGUUAAUAUGCUCGACUCUCUUUGUAAAAUGGUGAAUUUGGGGGGUUGA